ACACCUGCGGGGGGCACACCUGCGGGGGGCACACCUCGCCGGGCACUGCCGGGGCGCCGCCGCAGGCGCAGAGUCGCCGCCCGGCACCGCAGCGCCCGCCUGCCCUCACCAUGUCGGACUUCGACAGCAACCCCUUCGCCGACCCGGACCUCAACAACCCCUUCAAGGAUCCUUCUGUUACACAAGUGACAAGAAAUGUUCCUCCAGGGCUUGAUGAGUACAAUCCAUUCUCUGAUUCAAGAACACCUCCUCCAGGAAAUGUGAAAAUGCCUAAUGUACCCAGUACCCAGCCAGCAAUAAUGAAACCAACAGAAGAACCAUCUUCCUACACACAAAUAGCAAAGGAGCAUGCCUUGGCCCAGGCAGAACUGCUAAAACGUCAAGAAGAACUGGAAAGAAAAGCAGCUGAACUAGAUCGCAGAGAAAGGGAAAUGCAGAGUCUCAAUCAGCAAGGGGGUAGAAAAAAUAACUGGCCACCUCUUCCUGAGAAUUUUCCUGUAGGUCCUUGUUUUUACCAGGAUUUUUCAGUAGACAUUCCUGUAGAAUUCCAGAAGACGGUAAAGAUUAUGUACUAUUUGUGGAUGUUCCAUACAGUGACACUCUUUCUUAAUAUCUUUGGAUGUUUGGCCUGGUUUUACGUUGAUUCUACACGAGGAGUUGAUUUUGGAUUGAGUAUUCUCUGGUUCUUGCUUUUUACCCCUUGUUCUUUUGUCUGCUGGUACAGACCACUUUAUGGAGCUUUCAGGAGUGACAGCUCAUUCAGGUUCUUUGUGUUCUUCUUUGUAUAUAUCUGCCAGUUUGCUGUACAUGUACUUCAAGCUGCAGGAUUUCAAAGAUGGGGAAACUGUGGGUGGAUUUCAUCUCUUACUGGACUUAAUAAGAGUAUUCCUGUUGGCAUUAUGAUGAUAAUCAUAGCUGCACUUUUCACAGCAUCUGCUGUUAUCUCGCUAGUUAUGUUUAAAAAGGUGCACGGGCUGUACCGCACGACUGGCGCGAGCUUUGAGAAGGCGCAGCAGGAGUUUGCCACGGGAGUGAUGUCCAACAAAACUGUACAAACCGCUGCGGCCAACGCCGCCUCGACAGCGGCCACCAGCGCAGCUCAGAACGCCUUCAAGGGUAACCGGAUGUAGAGGAACAAAGUCGCCGCAGUUCUCUUUCGCUGUUCUUUAUUUUUCAGUCACUUACUGUAUUCCCUAAAUGCCUAGGUCAAAAUUCACACAGCAUGUUUUUCUCUUCUGCAGCUGUGCAUGGGGAAAUGUUUGGUUUAUUUC